AUGAACAAUAACUUCUGCCGGACCCUGAUGGAGCGGAGGCCCAUGGGCCCUCCCAGCUGUAUGCAGCUGGCCGUCGCGACCCCUCCCCGGCAGACGCCCCUGCCCCCGACCAAGCCACUGGGCAACAUGCCCUUCCUCCUGUACCCUGGCCACCCGGAGCUGCCCUACUACGACGCCUACGCUGGGGUGUUCCCCUACGUGCCGUUUCCCGGCGCCUUCGGGGUCUACGACUACCCCUUCGAGCCCGCCUUCAUUCAGAAGCGCAACGAGCGCGAGCGCCAGCGUGUCAAGUGCGUCAACGAGGGUUACGCGCGCCUCCGCGGCCACCUCCCCGGCGCCCUGGCGGAGAAGCGGCUCAGCAAGGUGGAAACGCUGCGCGCCGCCAUCCGCUACAUCAAGUACCUGCAGGAGCUGCUGAGCGCCGCCCCAGACGGCGCGCAGCCCCCAGCCGCCCGCGGCCUCCCCGGCGCCUUGCCCUUCCCCGCGCCUCCCGCCUCCCGACCCGACUGCCCCGGCCACAGCGACGGCGAGGCCCAGGCGCCCCCCACCCUGGUGCCCGAGUCGUCCGAGUCCUCCUGUUUCUCCUCCUCGCCUUUCUUUGAGUCGGAGGAAUCCAGCCAUUGA